AUGCUCGAUCACCUCGAUAGCAUUGUCAAUCAUGGUUCUACACAUUGCAGGGAUUUGCUGUUCAGAGUACAUGAGUUCACAAAGCUGUCUGCUGAAAACCGCGAUUUCAUUGCAAAGUAUGAAGGAUUUGUUCCGGCUAUUGUUGAGAUUUUGAGUAAUGAUUCGGAAGUUGAAGUUAUCGAAUUGGUAAUGAAGGUCUUGGAGUUGAUUAUACAGGAAGAUAGUAGAAUUAAAAGACAGUUGCAUGAUUUGAUCUUCAGAAACAAGAGAGAUUGUUUAUAUCCGUUCGUUUUGUUGCUCGAGAAAGGGAAUUUCAAGGCGAAGAUUAGUUCUGCGAAAGUGUUGGAAUCAAUUGCAUCGACGAUGAAUUCUCAAACAACAAUGUUUGAAAAUCAGGCCUUGUUAACAGGAUUAUACAAGUUAGUGAGUUUGGAAACGAACCAGACAGCUCGUGCUGCUGGUUUAUCGUCAUUGAUCGCUGUUUCACAAUCGAGAAACGUAAAAACUAAGCUCGUCCGUCUCGGAAUAGUCCGCACUGGAGGGAAAAUACUCUCCAAUCAGGAAACAGAAGUUGCAGUUAUUGAGAAAGUGAUGAAAGUGUUAGAAAUUGUGUCGAUGUGUCCAGAAGGCCGAACAGCGAUUUGCAUAGACGACGGAUGCCUAAAGGCGAUCAUAACAAGGCUGAUGAAUGUAUCAGUAACAGCCACGGAGCAUGGCAUUGGAGUAUUGUGGAGCGUGUGUUAUCUCUCCGGUGACAGGAUGGCGAAUCAAGCAUUGGUCAAGAGUAACGGAGACAGGAAGGUGGUGUUGGUAAUGCAGAGCAAGUGUUCAGGUAGUGUGAGACUAAUGUGCGGGGAUCUGGUGAAGCUGUUCCAGGCUAACUCUAAGCCAUGGCUAAAGAGUUACGAAACCAGGACAACUCGUGUUUCAUAA